AUGCCUGCAAGAAUCCUUGUCCUAGUAACUGUCCGACCAGGCAGAGAUCACGGAAACUACCUAGACAUACGUAUCAUUAUAACGUCGCCUACGAACCCGGGCGAAAUGAUAGUAUAUCGGCUCUCGGCCGAGCUGAUGGGGUACCGGAUCUUGGGCGAGUUAAGGAAUCGAUUGCGUCCGAUCCAAGGACGACAGCCCAGAGCAAGCAUCGGUAUCAAGUCUGCCUCGGUUCCUAGACGCAUCGAUUACAACUCGCAUGAGGUGGCGAGGCUCGUUCGUGAUACUCGGAGCUUUUUACAGCGCAUCCGACAACUCGAUUCGUCCACGAGUUGUCGCAGAAAAUGGCUUUCUUGA